ACGCCAGAGACGUAGCGGCGCACGCACCUCGGAGCGUCUAGGAGGCGCCCGGAGACCCGUGUCGCGCGUCCUAUGACGCUUCACAUCCUCGACCGUGAAUUUCGGGAGACGGAAAGGGCUGGAGGACGCAGGCUCUGGCCUGUGUUUUGGAGACUGAACGGAGAAUGGAAACUGAAAGAGGAAAACCAGAGAAGGCGAUGGAAGCGGAAAGUGCUGAAAACAAAAAAGAGGUAGAGAAAAAGAAGCGGUCCCGAGUGAAACAGGUGCUCGCAGACAUCACCAAGCAGGUUGACUUCUGGUUUGGAGAUGCAAAUCUUCACAAGGAUAGAUUUCUUCGAGAACAGAUAGAAAAAUCUAGAGAUGGAUAUGUUGAUAUAUCACUUCUGGUGUCUUUUAACAAAAUGAAAAAAUUGACCACUGACAAAAAGUUAAUAGCCAGAGCACUGAAGAGUUCAGCUGUUGUAGAGCUGGACUUGGAAGGCACCAGGAUCAGGAGGAAGCAGCCUCUGGGGGAGAGACCCAAGGAUGAGGACGAGCGGACCGUGUACGUGGAGUUACUUCCCAAAAAUGUGAAUCACAGCUGGAUUGAGAGAGUGUUUGGGAAAUGUGGCAAUGUCGUUUACGUGAGUAUCCCGCACUACAAGUCUACGGGAGACCCGAAGGGAUUUGCCUUUGUGGAAUUUGAGACAAAAGAACAGGCAGCAAAAGCUAUUGAGUUUCUUAACAACCCACCCGAGGAAGCACCAAGGAAACCUGGGAUAUUUCCUAAAACAGUAAAAAAUAAGCCCAUUCCUGCCCUGGGAGCAGCUGGUGAGUGUGUAAGUAAACAUACUGUAAGUGGAUGCACAUGCAGCCAGGGGGAAGCUGAUGGCAGCAUUGUUACAGAAGAAAAGAAAAAGAGGAAGAAGAAGAAAGGCCGGGCAAAGAAGGAAGACAGCAGCCAGGCCAAGGAGGCCCGCUUGGACACAGGCAAGGAGAGCAGCACCGCGGAGGCGAAGGAGCCCAGGGCCACGUCGGACGGCUCCGAAGGGGAGGGUGCUGAGCCCCAAAAGCCACCCUCAAAGAAGAAGAAAAAGCGGGCCAGAGCAGAGGCGGCCGGCGUUCCUCCAGUGCGAGCAGAGAAGAGGAAGCGAAGCAGCUCGCAGGACGCAGGGUGCCCGGCUCCCGCGUCCAAAGUCCGGAAGACGGCCCAGAAGGCCGGCCUGAAGGCCCCCCAGGCGGCCGGAGAACACAAAGAGGUAGAGGUCUCCACGGAAGAGGAAAAGGAAGCGGGAGACAUGAAAGACGGGUCGCUCCUAAAAGCCAAGCGGAAGCACAAGAAGAAGCACAAGGAGCGGCACAAGAUGGGGGAGGAGGUCAUCCCCCUGCGCGUGCUGUCCAAGAGUGAAUGGAUGGAUUUGAAAAAAGAGUAUUUAGCCCUGCAAAAAGCCAGUAUGGCUUCUUUAAAAAAAACAAUAUCCCAAAUAAAAUCGGAGUCAGAAAUGGAAAUAGACCGUGGAGUAACUAAUAAAUCUGGACUGAAAAAUGAAAAAAGAGCAGUGAGCAGUGAGGGGGCCCGUCCCCCGGAGAAGGCCCAGGCGGCGGGGCCGCAGUUCACGGCGGGCGUGAUUGUGAAGAUCGUCAGCCCGGAGCCUCUGCCCGGCAGGAAGCUCAUCAGGGACACGCUGGCCGCUGUCUCAGAAGUUGUGUAUGUGGAUUUGCUGGAAGGAGAUACCGAGUGCCAUGCGAGGUUUAAGUCUCCUGAGGAUGCUCAAGCCGUCAUGCACGCAUGUGCGGAAAUAAAAAAGAAGCACUGCUGGAAACUCGAGAUUCUCUCUGGUGACCAUGAACAGAGGUACUGGCAGAAGAUUCUGGUAGACAGGCAGGCCAAACUGAACCAGCCUCGCGAGAAGAAAAGAGGCACUGAGAAGUUAAUCACCAAAGCUGAAAAGAUUAGACUCGAAAAGACUCAACAAGCAAGUAAACAUAUUAGAUUUUCUCAAUAUAAUUGAAAAAAACUUUGGUUCACCUCUUAAGAUUUCACUGGAUGCUGGAGCUGUUGAAGAAAUCCAUUUUUAUUAUGCUAGUAAUGCCUAAUGAACGUUUUUAUUAAACCCACAUAUACUUAAAAUAACUUGUUAAGAUUUUAUCUUUAGAGACAAGGACAUUGUAUACUAGCAUUUUUUCAUUAAACAUUUUAUUUGUUGAAA